UAUAUGUUCCAUAUAUAAUAAGAGGGGCCUCAAUUACCUUUGCCAUUGUCCAGUACCUCUUUCUCCUUGCAGUGUAUAUAUCAUAACACUUUUUUUUUAUUCCCUUCCUCCUUUCCAUACUGCUCUUCAUUCAUAAACCAAAGUGUACUGAGUAUAGUUUUUGGUAUAGCUGCUAUGGAAACUUCUCAUCAAUCUCUUUCCAUUGAAAGCUUCUCAUAUAGCUGGCUAGUUAACCUCAAAGUACCAUCUCUAGAAAGCUUAGACAACUCUCUUAGGACAUCUCUUGAUGCAUCUGAUGAAGCUAAUUCUUUCAUUGAGAUGGACCCUAGAAUGCCACCAUCCAAGAGAUUCUUCAGAAAUUCUCAAGAUUUCAAAUUUGAUUUCCCUACUUCACCUUCUCCUUUAACUUUUGUUCAUGCUGAUGAGCUCAUCUCCAAUGGCUACCUCAUGCCUCUUUUCCUUGACCCUUUAAAGAUGGAAGUGUAUGAGGCUUCAAGCUCUAAUGAAAGCAUGUCAAUCAUCAACUCAUUGCAUUCUCCCAAACCAGGUGUCCCAGCUGAUAAUUCUGACGCUUCAUCAUUGAGAAGGUGUAGGAGAUUGUUGUCAAGGAGGAUAAUUCAAAAGUACUUGAAUUUUCUUCGGCCAUUGUAUCGAAGAAUUCGCGGUCACAACAAGGCGAGUGCUAAAGCAGCUGUGCAUGUUGAUAAAAGGGGAAAGAACCGAGUAUAUUCUUCAGAGACUGCCUCUCCAAGAAUAAGUGUAGCUUAUUCUGCUGAUAAUGAUUGUUGGAGAAAGUCUUGUGAUUCUGAUAGCUCAAUUUAUGAGGCUGUUCUUCAUUGCAAAAGAUCAAUAGGAAACUGAUCAUGAUUUCAGGAUUCUUGUUUGAUGAAAAAAGAGGAUAACUGAAGAGAAAGAAGAGGAAUGAUAUUAAGAAAGGAACAGAUUUGGAGAAUCACAUGGGAAGAAAAUGAGAGGUGAUCACAAGAGAAGAUCAUCCAGCCACUUGUUCUUUGUCACUAUCCUUUUUCAUUUGUUUUGAUGAUAAUGUAAAUUUUUGUCUAUCGAACUAUCUAAAAUGGCUAGUCAUGGAAAAUUCUGGCCUUAGCUAGAAAGAGGGAAGGGAAAAAAAAAGGACAUACAUAUAUAUUACAAGAUUUUGUCCUUUCUCCAUUUAUGGGAAAGAAAUUAAGAAAGCACCUACUUGAUGAUGAGAAUCUUCCUUACUAAUAAACCUGUAAAUUUUCAAUCUAGUGAAUGAUCAUGAUCAUUUUGUUCA